GCCUUUCUUUAAUUUCUAUUUUUUCCUUCCCCCCUUCUCUCUCACUUUUUUUUUUCUUAAAACACGCAAAAUUCUAUACCAGCGCAGCCUUAUUUUCCACUCUUCAACAAAGGUAUGCAGGAUCUACCGAAACAGUCUGCCGCUGCCGAUCUUGAAUCCCUUGAGCAGUCAGCUAUACUCAGCGAAGGUCCACCUGCACCAGAGAGAAACCAGCAAACCGAUGUGGAAGACGACGAUCUGAUCUUUGAUAUCGCAGAACUAGGCUUGUUUGCAUCAAAUCCGAAUGAUAGCGAUGAAGACUCUAACUAUUCUUUAGACUACGAGUACAUUGGUCCUCGCCAACCGAAAUACGCCAAUUCGGACGACGAUUGUGAAUCGGUUGCUUCCGACAUUUCUAAUACAGACUCAGAAACAAAGCUCCUGGACUGUAGCACGUAUUUUGAUAUGUGGGAUGAAGAUAUCUAUAGCACCAACGAUUAUACAUGGGAAUCCAACGAUAUGCGACUCUCGCUGUUUGUGAAGCAACGGAAUCACUAUCUCCGACAACGGGAGCUUGAUUCGCCGUGGCAUGGAAACUCUUUUUGGCGUAGAGACCGAGGUUGGCCUAUGCAGCUACCCAAUUCAUGUUCCACCACGAACCAUGACCAGUCUGCCAAUACCUUGUGUGCCGUGAAAUCAAAUAUGGCUGUCUCAGAGCACUUGGUGGCGUUUUACAAAGACCGUAUUGUCAAAUGUGGGGAGCCUACCGUACGGAACCAACUAGGUUCAGCGGCGUUGGGUCAAAGCAGUCGCUCUUCGCACAACGAUUCCAACAGCACCCAAAAUCAACCGGGAAUCCGGAAUAAGGACACCGAAAGCUAUCAUGCUGCGCCUCAGGCAGACGACAAGCCAGGUUCUAUCUUUCUACGGACCCAUGCUUCUAUUGCACUUCCAACAUCUGAGAAAACCUCACACGAUCGACAUACAGCAGCUGAAGCCCCUACAACAUCAUCGAUUUUAGAUCGCUGUAAGCCCUAUACCAAACAUCUGAAACGAUCUCAGUUCAUACCUCCUUCCAGGGAGGAUGCAUAUGUAUCCUUGGGCUUUGAGCCAUUAUGUUUGGAUCAUAAUUAUGGUUAUAUGGCGGUAGGCGGACUAGAAGGCGAACUUUUAGUCUACUGUAAUGUAGAUCCCGUCAACCCUGUCAAGAUUUGGGGUACCAAGUUCAAAAGAAAGAAUAACGUCAUGUUGAUGACUAAUGCUGUACAAAUAGUUCGCUGGCGAACUGAUAAUGGAUCUUACAAGUAUAUGCUGGUUGCGUGUAUGAACGAAGCUGGCGUCCUUGUUUACAAUUUACCACCUCACCAUGAAUGCGCGAAAAUGGCACGAAAUUUUUCAAGACGAUGCACCAGGAGCGCGAACCAAAGCUUGUCGUUUCAUAGUCACCUAAGAGAUUUCCAACAGUUACCCAUCAACGACGCUCGUGUCAGUCCAAACGGUAAUAAUAUGGUAUUUGUAGGUGACGACUCCUACCUAUUCUUACGCGAUAUUAUUCGAACUGAUGGUGCUAGUGAAGAAUCUUCCGAUAUAUCCUUUGGUCCUACCCAAGUUUUGACAAUUCCACCAGACCUGCUGACUCAGUACUCAGCUAGACCAUCCGCAAUGCACGAUACCACUACGACUUUUCAUUAUUCAUCACAACAUGUUGCUUGGAGCAACGAUUCCACUCUAUUUGCUCACACGUCUGAUUCCCACUAUUGCGUCUUGGUCUGGUCAGUGGAAUCAAAGGAAAUAUUACUUUCAAUAGACGCUGCAGGCUUCACGUAUGCCAUCGCUUUCCAUCCUUCUGUAAGAAGUAUUUUGGCGUUUUCAAAUCGAUAUGGGUAUUUUCACACUGUAGAUCUCAACCAAACCCUACGUGUGAACCAGCGUCAAGAAAGUAUAGGAAGUGAAGACAAUUUCUUAUCAAGUAUAGAAUCCAACAGCCACAGCACCAAAUCCGCUUUAGAACGAAGUACAACCAUUAUCCCGCGGCAGGAAAUCACCAUGGUUUCAUUCCGAGGAGAACAAAAUACCAAACUUCGGAUACUAGCUAAAAUCAACGGACUGUGUUGGUCUGGAUGCGGUCAAUACCUCUAUGUUGCUACGAAAAAGAGAGUAUUGGUUUACGAGUUCAUGAGCCGUGGUGUUCGAUCGUUGGUUGAAUUAGCUGGCGAUCAAGCCCGUAAGAUUUUAGAGCUAGAUCCACUCGGGUGGAAAGCACGCAAGCGUCUAACUGAACCUUCUCAGUAUGAUGAUAGGCUUACACGCAAACGAAAGCGAUUACUGGAUAAAUCUUUUGACUAUGAACCUUGGUAUCGUCAAUGGAAACGUAUCCCUGAUCAUCUACAAUACACCGUCCUUGGUGAUAACGUGGAACUGGCUAGUCAUGAUUGAUCUAUUCACUGUAUUCAUUCUAUAUUUACCCACGACUCCUCGACAUUUGUUUGUACUUAUUUUUCCUUCUUCACAUAUCGACCGUCAAAUUUUGUUUUACAUCCCACCCCCCUCCAUCCAAACAAUACUGUUUUUUUUUUAUUACUUUUUGAAUUCUUUUUAAUAUUGCACGCUUCUUCUCUUUUGGUUUAUGUUUUGGAUUUUUAAACCAUCUGUGCAGAAAAUUCGCAUUUGUGAAAUGUACUGUAAUUUGUUGCACGGUUUGUGCCGAAUUGGACUUUUGAAAGCUAUUGUAAAUCUACUCUGUGUACUAACGGCAUAAAGGAACUUAUAAAGUCAAAUGUCUCCAUGAAAA